AGCAACAGAACGAUACUCUGCAGUCUGAAUACCAGUGAGCAAUAUAUAAUAGAACGUGAUUUCUACUUCGUUUUUAAGUGUCCGAUGAGAUUACACAUUGAGUUUAGUUGUGCGUUAUCAUCUCAUCACAUUUGAUAGAAGACAGCCUUCUAUGCCAGUGUGUAUAAAGGUUGCUUCGAACAACGUCAAUUAAAAAUUGUAUUCCUUUACUUGAAGUACUAUAACCUCUUAAUAUCAUCGUUAUGAAAUUACUCAUUAGCCUAUUUUUGGCAUUGUCUUGCCUCAUCAGCAUUUCCAGUGCCGAUGGUCUUAAAUGUACAUUGAAGCCGGCCGAUAUCCCUUCAACAUGGAUUGAUAUGGUAGAUCCUUGUGUGAAAGUUAUGGAGAAUCAGGUCAAAAUUGAGAUUGAAGCGGCCAUGACUUAUCUUGCUAUGGGUGCACAUUUUGCCCGUGACUCCGUAAACCGACCAGGAUUCGUUAAGCUCUUCAUAGAAGCUGCCAGUGAAGAGAGAGAACAUGCAGUAAAAGUGAUUGAAUAUUUACUUAUGCGUGGCCAGCUCACGAGUGACGUUAGCAAGCUUCUGAAAUUUCCUCUGAGACCAAUACGAGAGGAUUGGGGAAAUGGUGUUGAAGCGCUUUCUGAAGCUCUUAAUUUAGAAACUCAAGUUACGAAGAGCAUUCAAGAAAUUAUUCGCAUCUGCGAAACUCCGAAAACCAGUAGUUUCAACGAUUAUCACCACACAGACAAUAACAAAACUGAUGAACAAAAGUGAUAAAUUGAUAAUCUAUUGCAUGAGAAAGAUGUGAAGUUAAAUGAAACAAAAUAAAAUAACAAUAAAAUUAUUGGAGAAACCAAUUCAAAAUUAAUAACCACUUUUCGGAAAGUAUAGGAUCUUGGAGCGUGUGGUCGAUGCACUUACCAAUCUUCAACUGUCGAAGUGAUGCCACCCUUCACUCACACUCACCCCUGUCACCAACCCUUCACUCCCGUCUGAUCAUCGGAAAAUUCCAUCAUUGUCCAAUGGGCCUUCUCAGUGCUGGCUCGUGAAGAGAGUUUACCCCAACUCACAAUUUUUAGAUCUAAUCAAUGUCUACGCGUACAAGGCAUUAAUUUCAUAUGCCUGUGUAUAAAAUACCCUUGCUGGAGUAAGCUCACUCAAACUAAUGUCCAUGAAUAGACCGAAAAGUACUGGAAAAAAUUCAGUCGGGACGGGCCUGGCCAUACCUGAAAGCUGAACAAAACGUUCGCUGACUACUGCGUGUAGCAAAGCGUUCACAUUUCUUACUAAAGACACUUUUAUUCAUAUUGUUUUUCAUUUAAGAUUAGGAUUU